UUUAGUAUUGUGUGUGAAAGACGGGGGGCGGUGACAUAUUUUUACCCGUCAUCGUUAUAAUUUUGUGAAUUUUGUUGAAAAAAGCUAAAUUUAGUGCCGUUUUCGUGUGUUUAUGUCAGGACUGAACGUGAUGAUGGCGGGUCAGACUAUAAACGAUAGGCUUUUAGCCGCUCGCCACAGUAUCGCCGGCCAGGGAUUAGCAAAAUCAGUGUGCAAAGCUACCACUGAAGAAAUGAUUGCACCCAAAAAGAAACAUUUAGAUUAUCUAGUCCACUGCACGAACGAGCCGAAUGUAUCCAUACCGCAGCUGGCCAACCUUCUGGUGGAAAGGACUCAGAAUACCAACUGGGUGGUGGUUUAUAAGGCUCUCAUCACCGUUCAUCAUCUACUAGCCUAUGGGAAUGAGAGGUUUACACAAUACCUAGCAUCGAGUAAUUCAACAUUUCAACUCAGUAAUUUCUUAGAUAAAAGUGGAGUACAAGGCGCGGCCGGUGCCCGGAUUGGGUAUGACAUGUCGCCGUUCAUCCGGCGGUACGCCAAGUACUUGAAUGAGAAGGCGCUGUCCUACAGGACUGUUGCCUUUGACUUCUGCAAAGUUAAGAGGGGUAAAGAGGAGGGCUCUCUCCGCAUGAUGAACGCAGAGAAACUGCUCAAAACCCUCCCAGUACUACAAGCCCAGUUGGACGCCCUGCUGGAGUUCGACUGCACAGCCAAUGAUCUGACCAAUGGCGUCAUCAGCAUGUGCUUCAUGCUGCUCUUCCGGGAUCUCAUCAGAUUGUUCGCCUGUUACAACGACGGCAUAAUAAAUCUGCUGGAGAAGUACUUCGACAUGAACAAGAAGAAUUGUCGCGAGGCUCUCGACCUCUAUAAGAAGUUCCUCAUCAGGAUGGAUAGGGUCGGAGAGUUCUUAAAGGUAGCUGAAAACGUGGGUAUAGACAAGGGCGAUAUCCCGGAUCUGACGAAGGCCCCCAGCAGUCUUCUGGACGCUCUAGAGGGCCACCUCGCCGCGCUCGAGGGAAAGAAGGGAUCCGCCGCUAACACUCCCACGCAGACCGCCAGCGCCCAAAAGAACGUUGCAAGCGUGAUGGGUGCGCUUUCAUCCACAUCUUCAUCGUUCGGCAACGCGGCCGCUUCUACCAGGCUGGACAACCAAGCCAACGGCGCGUCCCCACUCUUCAUAGACGACACGCUGAAACAACAGGCAUUGGCUGAGGAAGAGGCCGCUAUGAACCAAUACAAGGUCCAUUUAUUCCAAGGGGAUCAACUGACAGGCGACGAAGAUAUAUCGGUCAUACUUAACAAGGUGCAAUCUCCGACCAACUCGGCGGCGAACAAUCCGUUCCUUUCAACUGCGGCGCCCAAUAACCAGAACCAGUCGAUAGUAGACUUGUUUGGUCCGAGCCCGGCGGAUACUACCGCCCAGUCUAACAAGGCCUCUGAUGAUUUGCUCUCACUGGGCAAUCCGUUCGCUGAUAUGUUCGGAGCUUCGGGCGUUCAACCCGCCGCGGCCCAGCCGCUGUGGCCGCAGCAACAACAGAGCAACGGGUUCGGGGCCGCGUUCCCGGCACAGAACAACACGUUCGUGUCCGAGGCUAACUUCACUAACGUUUUCAGUAACACUGACACGACAGGUCAACCGCCCCAACAACAACAGCCCGGGAAAGUGCUAACGGGCGAUCUGGACUCGUCACUCGCUCAGUUGGCCAAUAACUUGACCAUCAAUAAGAGCGCUGCAGCUCAGAAACCGAUGCAGUGGAAUUCUCCGAAGACCACCUCCAAGCCCGGCGCCACUUGGAGCCCACAGCCGAUGCAAGCCACCACCGGAGCGGGAUAUAGGCCUAUGGGUCCAGGCAUGAACCUCCCACCAAUGCCCCACACCUUGCCCCAUACAUAUCACCCUCCGCAUUUUAUGAUGCAACAGCCAGGCAUGGUAAUGGGGAUGCCUGGAGCCCCAAUGAUGCCCAUGGGGAUGGCCCCACCGAUGCGACCAGCGGUCCCCCCACAGCCCACCACAAACCAAUUUAGCUAAACUGGCAAAUGUCUGACCCAAAUGCCUCGGCCUCAUAUACUGAUUCGAAUCGAACAACAAUUUCGAUAUUCGAAUUUUGAAUUUGGAGAAAAAUUGUUAUUUGAUACCACUUUUUUCCGCGAUUGUACCGUCGUAUUUCAAAUACGGAAUUGCACUUUAAAUAUGUUUUGAAUAUAUUUCUGAACGUAAUAAUGUAAUAAUACGUUAUUUAUUAAAUGAUGAGAUGAAAGCAUUCGGGUCUUACUUCUAAAUCAAAUAAGUGUAGCCCGAGUAGGUAUUUCUAUUCUUGCAAAAAUAUGUUACGGCGCUCUUCAUCAAACCUUCCUAGGUCAUUUACUGUGUUCAUAGUUACCGCAAAAGCUUUGUUUAGUCAUAAAUUAGUUCUUACAGCACGGUAAAUUGAAUUGGGUAGGAAAAUUCUUGUUCAACAUUAGUCGUUGUGACAUUUCAAUACUCUUGGCCUUGGUUCGGCCUGUGACGUCACUUGGGAAAUGUACAGUCGGCCGCAUGUCAAUUAAUCAAAUAAAUUAAUUUUGGAAAAUUAUUUAACCUGUAAUACAUAUAUAAAUAUAUUUUGACGGGACUAAAAUCAAAAAUGGCACUUUAAUUCAUAGCAAUUUUGUUAGCAAGUAGUUGGACUUAGAGAUUUAUUUGAUGUGCGGUUUGCUGUACUUAUCUGUUAUUUAUUGCUCAUUUUUAUGCCCUGAGCUAAUACCGUGAUAUGAAGAUUGAUCUAAUAAUUUAUGAGUAACAAUCGGUAUUUAAAUAAAUUAUGAAAGAAUGAAUUUUAUUUUUAAUAGAAAAUUUAUUUUAAGUAUAAUCAUGUCAUAGUCUUUUUAUGAAAAACAAUUGACUUAUGAACAUUUUUGUUUUCAAUGAAAUUUCUUAUGAAAAUGGUGCAUGUAAUAUUUUCGUUUUUCAAAUUUCUACACACAUCACAUUCCAUAUUUGUACAAAGAUCAUAAUAUAUUUUAGCGGCAGUAUUACUGCAGCAUAAUACUUAUAACAUUGUGAUUAUAAACACCAGAUGAUUUUUUUUAAAUAUCUUACAAAAAAUAAUUGCAAACAUGUUUAAAUAAAAUUUACUCGAUUUUUAGCGUGGUAAAUACCACAAUUUCAAAUUGAUGUCCGUAACGUCUUCUAUUCAUACUUUCUUUGUUGAAUUGAGAUUAUAAAAGGCACUGGACAUUAUUUUUCUUAUAAUUUUAAGAUUUUUAAUAUAUCUUCUAAACCAGUCUGGUGUUUAAAAGAUCACCCUAUACCUACAGGCUUUAUUUUUUUAGUCAGUGCAAAUAUUAUUUUCCUGAAUGAUUUAUGAAUAUCAACGAUUUUCAGUAUGUGACUUAAAUCACGAAAUGGUAUAUGAAAUACAUAUUUCGUGUUUAAAUGUUAAAUUUCAUAGUAGUUGUUAAUAUUCAUUAUUGUCAAAAUUAUUUGUAUUUACUAAAAAAAAAACCCUGUUUGCCUAUAGACAACUUAAUUUGCAUGCGUAGUCGGCAUUUAUGACUUUAGUUGAGAUGAAUUAGUUUAGUUCAAUGUACGAAAAAACGUCUAGUUUGAAAAGAUGGGCAAACAUUAUCUAUAUUGAAACGUGUAUAAAUGUAAUAACUGCAUAUUAUAUAAUACAUUAGGUUCUAUUAGAGGUAUCACUGGUUUCUCGUAUCUUUACUCAUGUUCUAAAUUAAAGAAUUUAAGAUAGUGUCUCCAGUGUUGCAAUAUAUACAUAUAAAAAGAAUGGCAGCAUUAACCGCUUUGGUAGCAACAGUAUCCAUAUUCACCAUAUUAUUGUGUAAAAAUGUAUUUAUCAUAAAAAAAUACAAUAUAUUACGAAUAGCGAGUUAUCACAUUAGAUUGUUAUAAUGUUAGAUAUUACGGGUGUAAAUCGUUUGGAUGUUGUGAAUAUAUGGACUAGGUGCUUUUCACGUGAUCUACAUUUUCUUCUCAUUAUUUAUUUCCAAAAGAAAAUUAUAUCAAAUCCUACAUUGCAGUUUUUUUGUUAUCAGGUCGGGAUUUUUAAUCUGUACAUCAUUAAAAAAUGGCAAUACUUUGUACAAAAUCAUGUUUAUUUGUAACAUAAAAAUACUUUUACUAAAUAAACCUUAAAAUAACAGUUAAAUUAAAUGUACUAUAAUGCAGCCCCGUCCAAACGAAGCCACGGAAUAAUAUAUAUACUUGAAGGAAAAUUUAUUUGUGAUAUUUUUUUUUUAAAGACUGCGACGCAAUUUCGAAGUAUUACGAGAUGUUUAUUUUUAUUUAUUGCAAUGAUUUGAACAAAGUAUUGGAAUUAAGAAAGUGUUGGCAGUGUGUAAAAUCUUUCAUUAAUAUUUUUCCAGUUAAUCUAUUGUAGGAUUACGUAGCAAUUAUCUGUGUUGCCGCAUUAUCUAAAUAUAACGUAUAUGUAUAAAACACAUAAAUAAUAUUAAUCGCUUGAACGUGUAGGUAGAUGUUUGUGAAAACACAGUAUAUAGACUUUAAAAUUGGUUUAACAGUUAAAAUUCUUACAGUACUAGUAUAUCGUUUGUAAAUAUAUUUGUUCACAUAGUGCAUAGUAUGUUUUAUAAAAUUAUGAUGUUAUUUCUUUACAUUGUAACUGUCUAAGAAGCACUUAGUCAAUUCAAAAUGGCGUUUAUGGCUCUCCAUAUCUAUUUAGGUCUGGUCAAAACUUUAUUGAUGAUUUAACAAAAAUAAUGUCACAGCCAUAAGUCUUGAUUUUCAAUAAAACAUUAAAAAAUAUAGGUAUCUUUUGGUUAUUGUGAAUAAAAAGGCGAUUUAGUACUAGCCAAUCAAAAAUAAUGAGUCGAAUUUCAGAACAUAUUUCGACGAUAAAGUGUCUCCUUAGACGGUUGACUGCUUAUUUUAUAUAAUUAUCGUUUAAUUUAACCCAUUUAAUGAUAUUUAAUAUCAUUUUAUUAAAUUGUAUGUUAGAUCUGUUGAUUGGGACCUUCUGAGUACGCGUUUACUGUGCAAUAAUUGUAUACUUUUGUAAAAUUAUUUCCAUAUUAAUUACGUGAACAUGUAAUUUUUUUCAAAAGUAUUAUCAUUUGAAUAUUAUGAAAUUAGCUUGGCACGCACAUCCCAGUAUGAUUUUAUACGCGAUUAUAAAGUUAGUAUGUUAAAAACUGCGAUGUGAUGGUCAAACGACUGAUUAUGUUGGAUCGUGGUCGUAUUUACCCUAACACUCUAAAGCUGCAUUCACAUAUGUUUCUUAAAAUCAAGCUUUAGACAUAAUUAACCCGUUCCUCAAAUCUUGUCAAUGUAAAAUUUAAAUACAAAGCAUGAUUUAAGACUCUUAUUUGAGUGCAUGUUGUGUUAGACGCGAAUAUAUUCCAAAUAGCUAACGACCUUAUGCCAUACUGCUCAGCAGUAAAGUCGAUUUAUACGGCCUUAAAUUUUUAAGUUGUAAAUUUUAUUAUGAUUAUUUUAUCAAAAUAAUUUUAAUCGUCCUUUUUAUGUAAAUAUUCGCCGCUUUAUCAAUUAGUUUUAUUGCGUCUUGAUAUUUGAUUUAGUUUAUUUAUGAAAGGAAUAAAUCAGUUAUAAAUA